AUGUUCGUCUACAAGUGGCCUGCAGACAAGGAGAACGACACCGGGGUGGUCAGCGAGCACAGCAUGUGUGAUGUGGAGGGUCCUGGCAUCUCCAGCUACAGCUCCAACCCUCCAGCUGCUGGGACAAGCUUGGUGCACUGCCUGAACCAGGCUCUGAGAGACGUGCCCAAGGAGAAGCACACAGGCACCCCGCUCUACCUGGGCGCCACGGCCGGCAUGCGUCUGCUCAACAUCAUGAACCUGCAGGCUUCAGACGCUGUCCUCAGCGCCGUGGCGGCCACACUGAAGUCAUACCCUUUCAAUUUCCGGGGGGCAAAGAUCCUGUCAGGGGAAGAAGAAGGGGUCUUCGGCUGGGUCACCGCAAACUACCUCCUGGAGAACUUCAUCAAGCGUGGGUGGCUCGGGGAAUGGAUCCAGCCCCAGAAGAAGACCCUGGGGGCCAUGGACUUUGGCGGCGCUUCCACACAGAUCACCUUUGAAACCAGGGACACCAUCGAAGACCCCAGAAAUGAAGUGAUGCUGAAGCUGUAUGGCCAGACGUACAAAGUGUACACCCACAGCUUCCUCUGCUACGGAAGGGACCAGGUCCUCAAGAGGCUGCUCUCAAAGCUCCUCCAGGCUGAAAGCUACAAAGCAACUGUCCUCCAUCCCUGCUGGCCCACGGGCUACCACAAGAGCCUGUCACUGAGCAGCAUCUACGACAGCCCCUGCACAGAGAAGGAGAGGCCCAGCCUUGCUCUCAACACCACCAUCACUGUGGCUGGCUCUGGGAAUGGGAGCCUCUGCACUCUGCACAUCAGCAAGCUCUUCGACUUCACCACCUGCCCCUUCUCCCGCUGUUCCUUUGAUGGCAUUUUCCAGCCGGAGGUUUCGGGAAACUUCAUCGCCUUCUCUGCCUUCUUCUACACGGUCGACUUCAUCCAGACAGUGAUGGGGACACCUGUACGCUUGCCCAGCGAUCUGAAGGAUGCUGCUGAGACCAUCUGUGCCACCAGCUGGAGUGAGCUGCUCCAGAAAGCCCCUAAGCUGGAGAAGAGACUGUCGGAUUACUGCGCUGUCAGCAUGUUCGUUUAUUUGCUCACCACCAAAGGCUACAACUUCAACAAUCAUUCCUUCCCCAACAUUGCCUUCCAGAAGAAGGCAGGAGAAACCUCCAUUGGCUGGGCCCUGGGCUACAUGCUGAACCUCACCAACAUGAUCCCAGCGGAGAAGCCCUCUUCCCACAAAAGCAUGCUGUACAACUACUGGGUCAUCCUCAUCCUGCUCUUUGUGGUCACCACCCUGAUGUCUCUGGUGACUGCCAUCUGCCUGCUCCGGCGCAGCAAGUCCAGUGCAAUCUAA